GGCAAGAUGCUUCGUACCCCCAAGUGCUCAAGGUGCCGGAACCACGGCUAUCUGGUACCAGUCAAGGGCCAUGCGGGUAAAUGCCGCUGGAAGCAUUGCAUCUGUGAUAAGUGCUACCUGAUCACCGAGCGCCAGAAGAUCAUGGCUGCCCAGAAGGUGCUCAAGAACCAAGCUACGGAGGAGCAGGGGGCAACCGUGGGCACGCAGGGUCCCCAGCUGCCUCCUAGGGCUCCGGCUCCGGCAGCCGCGACGGCCACGGCCUCAAGCUCCAGCAUUUGCCCACUGCCUAGGGCGGCUCUGGGAGGUGCUGGGCCAGGCCCCGCGGCCACCUGCUUCCUAGAGAGGUCCCCGCAGGCCCGGAGCCCAGGCCCGAGCGCCUUCCAGCUGGUCCCAAGUGGCCGUCCAGGCCCCAGCACCUUCCAGCCUGGGUCCGGGGGCUCCGGGGGACUGCACGACCGUCCUCCCGCGUGGCUGCCCCAGCUCAGGCCACAGGCACCCAGGCCUGAGCUUUGCUGCCCGGAUCAGCACCUGCCAGUGCGGCCCGUGCCCCGACUGCCGUUCGCCGACUACGGGCAUCCUCUGAGAUUCAAGUCUGAUCAUGUGGUAGGAGCUGGGUACCCUGAGAGAGAGCCGUUCAAGCAGUGCCCUGCCUGCAUCCCUGUGCCACCCUACCAGCCCUUCCCACUUUCGGAAGGCCAGGAUUCAUCCUCUGCUCUGGGGGUCCCUCAACAAAGAGGCUUUCGGCAUGUCUCCUGCGGCCCCUAUCAUGGAAGUGGCUUGGUGUCAGAACCAGCCAGAGACCUGCAGCCAACCUACUGCUCACCGCCUCCCCCUCCACUACCCCCUCCCCCACCCCAGCCACAGCAGCCCCACUUCCUCCCACCAGGCUACCUCUCUGCUCUCCACUUCCUGCCACCGCCACCACCACCACCAUCUCCACCAUCUUUCUCGCUGACCAUCCUGUAUGAUACAGACAAGGAGAAAACCAAUGAGCAGGGCGCAGACGCUCCCAGUGAGCCCAGCCAGCAGUCUACCCAGGAGGAGUCCAACUAAGCUGACGGCCACCUUGAAGGCCACUGGGUGGGGAUGGGUGGGGUUUUUUUUCCACCAUGUUCGUGUUAUAUAGGGAGGAAGGAUACUGACAGAUUUAAGAAGGCAGCUAAUUCCGACUUCAAGUUAUAAGGGGAGAGGUGGUUUCCAAGGUUCUCUGGAUCCUGUGUGGGUGUUGAAGUGGUGUACGAAGGGGGAGAGUCUCUGGGAUGGGCAGGGCCUUUGAAGAGUGGGGGCUGGUGAAACACAAGUUUAGGAAUGAAUUUAACCAUCCUGAGUCAUGUAUGAAAUUCACUUCUAGAGGUGAACCCCUGAUUUCCUCAAGCCUCACUCGGGACAGAAGGCACCAUCCAGUUCAGCCUUCUGCCCACUUUGCCUGAUCCCCAGGCUUGGGUACCAGGCUUGAUGUUUGAUCAAGGCUUCCAGACUAUGCAGGGCGGGUGCCAGGGACUGGGAUGUUGACAGCAGGCUCUGCAGCAUCCACUUUGCUCAGCCACCACCCCUCGCUCGUCCUCUUCCAGCAAGGCUUCACCUCCCCGUGAAGCUCCAGCAACGAUGGGCGUCCUUUCUCAUUUAAAAAUGUAGAUUUUAGUAUUCAAUGUUUUUAUGGUGGGCACUGAAGCAGUUCUCAGAGCAUAACAUGGCAGUUUGUUCUCCGAGGACAGCCGAGUAUUAAAUAAAGUGAGCAUUGGAAAUCCUC